AUGGAACUCAACCGAGAACAUUUUCGCGCCAUAAUUUAUUACAACAUUCAGAGGCAAUUAUCGCAACAAGAAUGCCUUGCUGAGUUACUUCGACAAUUUCCCGUUGGUAUGGAAAACGUCGAUGCUGUGCUUAAACUCAUCAUUGAAGAUAGACAUGUGACAUAUCGCGAGAUUGGGGCGUCCUUGAAGAUCUCAAAGAUUCCAAUUCAAAAAAUUUUACAUGAAGAAUUAGGAGUAAACAAAUUAGUUUCUCGUUGGAUACCCCACCUGUUGACUGACGGGCAGAAAGCAUCCAGGGUUAAUUGGUGUCAAAAACGCUUGACCUCGGCUGUUUGGGUGUUCCAAGGUGAAGAAAAGCCAACAAAAGUCAUCCGUUCUCGAAGUGUUUCGAAAAAGCUGGUCGCGACAUUUGUGUCAAAAGCGGGUCAUAUUGCAACAAUUCCUCUUAAUGAGCAAAGAACUGUUACUGCGGGUUGGUAUACCACCAUUUGUUUACCCAAAGUCAUCACCGAGCUUCGAAAAAUCAACCCCGAAAGAAGCAUCAUCCUCCACCAAGACAAUGCAAGCUCGCACACAGCCCCAAAAACAAGGCAGUAUUUAACGGAAGAAAACGUGGAAUUAUUGGACCAUCCUCCAUAUAGUCCCGAUCUAAGUUCUAACGAUUUCUUUACUUUCUGAAAAUUAAAAACAGACUGCG